CGUAAACUGCAGCAAUGCCUCCAAAACGGAAAGGACGAAAGGGAGCGAAGGAAAAGGUCGUGCGUGAUCCGAAGAAAGAAAUGUUACUCCGCGAGAUGAAUUACGGCAGUUUGAAUACGGAGCGUUACCGUCGCCUCUGGCGAGAUACGCUUAUGAGGAUAAAACUGCCAGAAAUUCGAAAAAGUGUCGAAAUAGCGUGGCAAAGUAUAGAGCGUACGUUCGACCUCAAGGACUACCGUAUCAGUUUGUUGUUGGACGGUUUGCAAGAAGUCGAGGAGCAGCGACGUCGCGCGAACGGUGCUCGCGUAGAAACGUUCGAUCGGUCUAUUCAGGUGCACGAAGUAAGACUGAAAACCAUCGAUGCUACUUUCCGUGAAACCAUCGAGAAGACAACGAUCCAAAAAAAACGUGAAUUCGAAAGUAUCGAACGUUCGCGAAAUGACACGGAGAAUGUUCUACGUAGAAUAAUGUGGCGCGUGAGCAAUCGAGAUGAUAACGCAUCGAGCGUCGCUAAAAGUAUCGCGAUCGGUAAAAUCAACACUUUCUCGGCGGACGGAGAGAACGAUAGAAGAGUAACUACUGCAUUACUCGAAAAACGACUCGAAGAUCUUUGCACCGAUUUGCGAAACGUUUUCGCGGAAUAUCGUAGAAGUACCGCGGAUCGGCGAAAAGCUUACGAUGCGAUUCGAAAGAAGGACGAGUCCGAUCGACGAGAGAUAGUCGUUCAGUGGAAGCGCAUCGCGAAUCUCCUUACCGAUACAGCAAAGUUUCGAGAAAAUAUUCGCACGUACAGGGACGACGCUUCCACCGAACUACGUGAAAUUAUUCGGGAAUCGGAUUUCUUUCACGAUAUCUAUCGCCGAAGAAACGAAUAUUUCGUUCUUGGUACGAAACGCUUUAUUUGUAAACCAACAUCUUGCGUAAUAAAUAAUUUAACAGGUCGAGAAAAUGAUAAACGGAAAGCGAUAACAAUGUCUAAGGAAUACGAUUGCACCGUGAAACGAUUUAAAAAAUUGAUAGACAAAGCGGAACGCGUACUCGCGUAUGUACAGAUAUGUCGAAAGUACGAAACGGAAGAUGAACAAAUUCUUCCAAUUAAUAAUAAUGGCGCUUCGUUCGAAGCUCAACAGAGCAUUUCGCAAAUUACAAGUUCACCUCUUCAAUUGGUUAGAAUUCGGUCCAGUUUAUUACGUAUUUAUAUAUCUAAGUAUACACAGCUUGCUGUAGAGGACUAUGAAAACUCGGUUAACUUUUGGCGUCGCGUAGGCCUCGCGCAAUUGAUCGUCAAUGAAUUACGCAUCGAAAGAGAUAGAUUAUCGAAGGAAACGGAUAAUUUACGAAAAUCGGUUGCGAGUUAUUUCUAUGCGCUAAAACCAACACCUCCGUAAUACGAUGAUAUA